UUUUUGUUCAAUACCUGGAUAAAAGCAAGGAAAGAUUUUUUUUUUUUUUUUUUGCCCCAUAAAAUUUUUGAUAUUUCAAUAAUAAGUAGCCGGUAGAACAGCUAUACCACCAGAUGGUGCUGAAGGAUAUUAAUAAAUUGAUAUUAUCUCAACAUUACAGUUUGAGAAAGAAAGGGCCCAAAAACACUUGACGGUUUUUUUAACCAUUUUUAAUUUUCUGUGAAAAAAUACUCAAACAGCAAUAUUUAUAUUUUGAAUGUGGAAGUAAUAUCUGUAGUUUAUCAAACCAUCUGGGGACAAGAGCACCCAAUCAACCUAUCAUGCAUGUUUUUGGAAUGUGAGAAGAAACCGGAGUACCCGGAGAAAACCCACACAGGCACGGGCAGAACAUGCAAACUCCACACAGGAAGGCCACAGCCGGGAUCGAACCCAUGACCUCUGCACUGUGAGGUCAACGUGCUAACCACUCGACCACCGGGUUGUUUUUAAUUUCAUUAAUUUGGAAAAUAAUACUCCAGAAGAAUUUAAAUAGUUGACUGUUUAUUUUACUCCCCCAAAAAAAUGUCCCUCCUUUUUCUGUCGGGAACAUACCGAAUGCUUAUCUGUAUUUUUUUCAGGUUUUUAAAAAUAAAUCAAUGAAAAUCCUAGAUGGGAGGGGGGCAAAUUCGUGAAAGGGCCACUCAAAAAUGCGGCAGUUGCCCUUCCUUUGUCAAUUUACUCCCACCGUGGGUCAGAUUGCUACAAAGUUUGAAAAUGAAAUUAACGGCAUUGGUAUAUUUUCCCCGAGAGUUUUUUUUUUAAUGCUGAAAGUGAAGAUUUUUAGAACACUGAUUGGAAGUGAUCCCAGUCUCCAAUUAACGACAGACGACUGUUUUUCACAGUCGAAAAGUGCAGCCGGCAAUUCAUAUGGUGUCUAUUAGACGAGAGGCAGCGGUGUCAUAAUGCCUUAAACCAACCGUUCGAUGAUCAAUACAGAAAAGUGGACUAAAUAUAUACCGAGUACUGUACACACCGGUCACGCGAACAUCCCUCAGGAAUAAAUAAUAAAAACGGUUGCGGCACUGCUGUAAUUAUUCCUCAUCGGCCAAAUGUUCCUUGAAUUCUUUGCGUGUGCAUCUUCUUCCUCCCUGACUGGUGCUUACGAUGAAGAGGCGGAGGUGAGAAGUUGUUCUGCAGGGACAGUGUGUGCGUGCGCGUGCGUGUGCGUGUGUGUGUGUGUGUGUGUGUGUGUGUGCAGUGCACAACGAAAUGCCUCUAGCAGCAUCUUUCUUUGCAGACUCCAGCGAGCUGCGGCACAAGCAGGCUACUCCCCUUCAUCGCUCUUUGUCUUCCUCCGAGCAAGCUCCUCUGAAGUCGAUCUCGUCUUCCUUCGCCGCUGCCGCCGCCUCUUCUUCUUCUUCUUCCUCCUCCGACAGCAUCCGCCGGCACUGGAUGGAGAGCGGCGCCUGAAGAGAAACGAGAGCGGUGGUGGAGUUGCUUCGUCCAUCCUCCUCCUCCUGCUGCAGCAAACAAGAAAGUCCCGGCCGGCUGCUGCGCCAUGUCUGCUCCUCCGACUGGGGAUGUCUCGGGCUACCAUCUGAGUGUGGUGCGUAACCCGCCGGGCUGGGAGGUGGGCGUCUACCUGGUGGGCUUUGUGGUCCUGCUGGCCGCCGCGGGACUGAACAUCUGGAAGCUGUGGAGGUCCGGCACCUUCCCUGCACCGUCACCCUUUCCCAACUUUGACUACAGAUAUCUGCAGGAAAAAUAUGGAACCUCCUUCUCUGAAGUACGACAAAAGCGGGUGGCAGCCAAUAACCACCGGCGGACGUCGACGGCGUCCAGCCGCAAGCCCAGCCUGGGCCUGGGCGACACCCCGGACGCCCUCAGGGAGCUGGGACAGCUGGAGCUGAUGGGCCGGGACCUGGACCUGAGCGGCGCGGCCCAACUCAACCGCUCCGUCUCCACCGACUCGCUGAGCUCCAUCUCGUCCGUGGCCAACAACUUUGGCCACGACUUCACGGUGGGCCAGCUGGAGGUGACGCUGGAGUUUGAGCCCGCCCGGCAUGCCGGCCAGGGGACGCUGCACAUUACCGCUCAUCAGGGCAAGGACCUGCUGGAGAAAGAGGAAGGAGACUUUCCGGGAUGCUUUAUCAGGAUCUCCUUGGGGCCGGAAGAGCUCAACGUGGGAGUCACCAGGGUGCAGACGAACGCGUUCACCGUCAUCUUCGACGAGAGGUUCUCGGUGGCGAUUGACGUGUGCGCCCUGGAGGAGCGCAGCCUCCGUUUCGCCGCCUUCGGAAUCGAUAGCGAAGAAAGGAACAUCAGCGCUGGCGUGGCUGAACUCAAGCUGUCGGACCUGGACCUCACCAUCAGACCCUUCAAUGCCUGGCUCUACCUCCAGGAUGUCAACAAAGUUGUUGACGCUGUGGGGGAGAUUCUGCUGUCGCUCAGCUACUUGCCCACGGCAGAGCGCCUCACUGUGGUGGUAGCCAAGUGCAAGAACCUGCUGUGGACUGACGGCAAGAACACUGCAGACCCGUUUGUCAAAGUCUACCUCCUGCAAGACGGACGAAAGAUAAGCAAGAAGAAGACCUCCACCAAGCGGGAUGACACCAACCCCAUUUUUAACGAGGCCAUGAUCUUCUCCGUGCCGUCCCUCGUCUUGCAGGAACUCUCUUUGCGAGUCACCGUGGCCGAGUCGUCCGACGACGGGCGGGGCGAGAACCUGGGCCACGUGAUCAUCGGCCCCGAGACGGGCGGCAUGGGGAUCACCCACUGGAACCAGAUGCUGGCCACGCUGAGGAAGCCCGUGUCCAUGUGGCACCCACUGCGCAGGAUCUGACUUGAAGGGGAAACUCUGACUUCCCAAUGCGAGAGCUAACUCAAGAAUACCACAUUUCGGAGACCGAAGUAUGCCAGUGGCGGGCCAUGCGAUUGCCCUUCAGCAUGGGGGCCUUGUCAGACUUCAUCCACCUCUAAAUACCACCACUAUCAUGUCAACCGCAAAAAAAAAUCAUACCUCACGACAUUUCGCUUUUCUGCAAAAGUCUGCCUUGAAAACUGAUUUUCACGUACGGCGAACACCCGCAAAAAAUCUGCCAUGCUUCUAGCAUAUACACAAGUGUUGAAACCUUGUCACUUAAAAGGCUUGCAGUCAGUCGUUCAAUUAUACGUACCGAACAGAAUCAGAAUCAUCUUUAUUGGCCAAGUAUGUAGAAAUUUGUCUCAGUAUAACACGCUACAUUAGUAUCAUCGUAAACAACAAAAUCAUUGAACCAUUUUAGAGUGACCAGUAGCUGUAUUUGUGGUACAGUGACUGUUUAGGGAGUUAAUGGCUAGAGGGAAGAAGCUGUUUAAGUGUCUACUGGAUUUGGUGCGCAUGGAUCUGUAGCGUCUGCCUGAGGGGAGUAGCUGGAAAAGGUGGUGGGCAGGGUGCGGGGGAUCCAGGAGGAUUUUCCGUGCCCUUGUCUGGAUUCUUGCAGUGUGCAAGUCCUCAAGAGUGGGUAGGGUGGUGCCAAUGAUUUUUUUCCGCCGUCCUAACUGUCUGUUGAAGUCGGAUUUUAUUCUUUUUUUUUGUGGGGGCCCCAAACCAAACCGUGAUGGAAGAACACCGGAUUGAUUCGAUGACUGCCGUGUAGAACUGUCGUAGCACCUCCUGUGGCAGGCCAUGCUUCCUCAGCAGCCUCAGGAAGUACAUCCGCUGCCGGGCCCUUUUCAGGAUGGAGAUGGUGUUGACUUCCCACUUCAUGUCCUGGGAGACUGUGAUUCCCAGGAACUUGAAGGUCUCGACGGUUGACACAGGGCAGUUGGAUAGUGUGAGGGGCAACUGUGGAGAAGAAUGCUUCCUGAAGUCCAUGAUCAUCUCUACAGUCUUGAGCGUGUCCAGCCCGAGGUUGUGUCGGCUGCACCAGAGCUCCAGUUGCUCCACUUGUUGGCGGUACGCAGACUCGUCGCCGUCUUCGAUGAGACCGAUGACCGUGGUGUCAUCUGCGAACUUUAUGAGUUCGACAGUUGGAUCUGUUGAGGUGCAAUCGUUUGUGUAGAGGGAGAAGAGCAGUGGAGAGAGGACACAUCCCUGUGGGGCUCCAGUGCUUGGUGGUGCGUGUUGAUGACGUUGUUGCUCCCAGUCUCACCUGUUGUGUCCGUCCCGUCGGGAAGCUGAGGAUCCACUGGCAGAUCGUAGGGGACACACCGAGGUGGAGAAGUUUGGGGGUGAGGAGUUCCGGGAUGAUGGUGUUGAACGCAGGGCUGAAAUCCACAAACAGAAUCCUUACGUAGGUCCCUGUGCUCGAGGAUGUCGUGCAGACCUAUGUUGACUGCGUCUUCCACAGACCUGUUUCCCCGGUCGGCAAACUGGAGAGGGUCCGAUUAGCUCCGAAAAACCUUGUGCAUUUUCUUGUGCUGGUGAAAAAAGACUGAGCGUAGACUCCCCAAUGCGCAGCAACUUUUCCCUCGUGCAAGUAAGCCGCUCAGGUUCGCCAAAAACUAAAGAAAAACGGGUAUCAUACUAGGGAGUGUGUGACCUAGGCUGCCAUACCUGUGGGUGCCUGAUGACAAUACAGAUUACUGCUUCUCACCACCUAUUUCAUUUUUGGAUGCUGACAUGAGUGGUUUCAUUUGUAUAAUACCUUGCCCCCACGCCACCCCAAUAAGAUUGUUCCUCCACUGGCUGUGGCUUCGGAUUGCAAGGAAAUGACUCUUGGAGUCUACCUGACUUGACGGCUUGGUGCAGUGUUUGGUAUGCUUUUGAAGAAACACAAUCCAGGUACUCUUUAUCUCUCCAGGUCAUCUACCGUAAUUGUAAUUUGUAGCAGAUGUUGCAGGGUGGCAGAAUCCGAAUGAGCAGGACAUUAUAAUCGGUGUAAUAAAGUCAUGUCGCAGUUUUGCUUAUUUGUUUUUCUGAACCGUCAUUCUUGCAAUAGUAGUCGCGUUGACAUUAGAGUGUAAAUAUUGUUUCUUGCAAAUUUCAACUUGGUCCCCGUCAACUGUGGUUUCCACAAUUUACACUUCAAGUCGAAAUUUCUGGAAGAAAAAUGCCUCAAAAGUUUAAAUAAACGUGUGAGAGUCGGGGCCGGCGUGUGUUUUGUUUUUUGAAAAUGUGUAUAAAUAAAUACAAUGAUUAAUGCAUA